AUGAUUCCNGGUACAUUUAUAAUAAUGAAUUUACUCAUAUUUAGUUCUCUGUUUACAAGAAUACUAAAUGAGAAAUGUGAAAACAAUGAAUGGUGCAAAGUUGUUGGUGGAUGGUGUGAUUUAAAAAUAAACAGAUGUGCUUGUAAGGAUGGAUACGUUCCUAUUCAUGUAUUAACAUGUUUUCCAGCUAAGAAGUUGGGUGAGAUUUGUGAGUCAGAUUUUCAAUGUUCCCUUAAAGAUACUGAUAGUCAUUGUGCACUAUCUUAUGAUGAAAUUCACAUUGUCAUUAAAAAAUGCAUAUGCAAGAAAAAUUUUUACAUAGAAAUCAUUAAUGGAACAGAAAAAUGCAUCUCCGCAACUGAUUCCUCUCAAGAUAUCAAAGAAGGUGUUGCUGCUGCGCCAGUUAUAUUAUUUUUCAUGGCAUGUGUCAUAAUUGAAGCACUAUGUUUAUUAGCUUUUCGUUGUUGGAAAAAACACCAUCAAAUUAAUUCCAGAGCUGCUGAGCAACCAUCAUCAUCAUUUGAAAUACAUCAGUUAAACAUUACUACAGUUCCUUCACCAACUUCACCUUUUGGUUCCAUUGUCAUCAGUUUACCAGAUGUGCAAACUUUAGGUAGUGACUCAUGUUCUCCACCACCGUAUAAUUCUACUAUCAAUUUAUCAAAUGUGGAAACUACUGAAAAUGAGGAACCUCCUCCAACAUAUGAAGAAGCAAUCAAAUUUAAAAAUAGGAUAAAAAAAAAUAGUGUUUGACAAUAUUUAUUCAGACAAAUAUCAAUGCUACUAUAAAAUUUUUAUACUAGGAUAUAAUUUUUGAUCUUGAAAUUAUAUAUAAUGACAACAAAUACAGUAUAUAUUCAUCUGAUAAAUUUUUGAAUUAAUACAAUAUCGAGCUUUAAAACAAGACUAUGAAUGAGAUGUUAAUUCAAACUUCAAACAUUUAAAUAUUUUGACUUUCUUUUUUGAUUUAAUCAAUAUGAUAAAUUUGAGAAAUAUCAGGUUGAUAUAAUGCUACACAGUUAAAUACGUACAGAUUAAAAUAUCAGAUUA